GCUCAUAAAUGUCCUUUUUUUUUUUUUUUUUUCUUGCUUUUUACAGUGGCCAAGUAGUCUACUCUUUUUCUCAAGAUUCAAAACAUGGAACACUUUCAGCUCAUUCUAUAUGUUUGAUUAGUUGUCCAAGAAAGGGUUUUCAAGUUUCUAUUUUAGUACUACCUUAACUAAAUUGUCUCAAAAAGAGGUUUUUUUUUUUUUGGCAUAACAAUUGUGAUUGUUUCUUCUUGUUCUUUGUCCUCUUAUUGAUGACCCUUUUCUUAUUGGAAGAAAAUGGAGUAACCCUUUUCAUUUGAGCUCAAGAUUUGCUCAUCUCAAGUUCAAAUCUGGUGUUUUCUUGAGGUCAGAAUUGACUUUUUCUUAAUUGGUAUUGGCCUUUUGUUGACUUAUUUCAAGAUUUGGUUGGUGGGGUGUUGUGUUCUUCUGUGUUAAAGUUAUGAUUUUUGAUAGACAUGUUGUUUCAUCGUUUUAGUAUAGAUCAAUACUUACUUAGAAGAGUUUUGAAUUUUGAGGAAUUGAUAGUGUAUUGUGAUGGACUUUUGUGCUGCCAAAAGAGUCAAGUGGUUGGUUGAACUUUGCUUUGAGGUUAGUUGAACUUGUGCUGAAUCUGCCAUUUUUGAGGAUAGCUUCACUGUACUUGAUAAGCUUUCCCUCAUUUUUAGCUAUCUAUAGUUACAAAAUUUUCACCUGAUUGAUUUAGUUGGAUAAGGCCUGUAAGGUAUUAUUUUAGUGUGCCAAGAGUGUCUUUGAAACAAUUUAGGGUUGCCUGAUUAAUAUUAUGGCUUCGAUUAGAAGAACGUUGUCCCCAGUGCCUCGUCCUGGAAGCGCUAUGAAUGGAGAAAGUCCUGCGGCGGCCUCUCCACUGUCCAAGUCAUCGUCGUGUAAUCAUAGCUAUACACCAACUGGUGCAUUGAUGUCUUCUUUUGGUUCAUUGGAUUAUGCAUUAUACAAGGUUCAGACAUUUGUAGUUGGUCUUUUGUCACGAAGAUCUUCUAGGCCCUUAGAUAGGUCAAAGUUAAAGGGACUCAUUUGGAGGAGAGCGCUUCUACAAUUCGUUUUCUGCUUCGUUCUUGGAGUAUUUAUUGGCCUUACUCCAUUACUGAAUUUGUCAACAAAUUUUAUAUCUAAACAUCAAGCUUUAUCCUUUGACGUCCUCCAGCCAGAAGAAAAUGCUCGAUCAUAUGACAUAUCUAGAAAUGCGACUUCAACCACUGAGGAUUUAUCUGUCAAGGAUAAUUCGACAUCAGAGCCUAAAUUAGUACAUGUUGAACUGAAAGAAGAAAUUGCCUUCAAUGCCUCUUUUAACCAAUCACUUGACCAAGAGUUGAUGGUGUCCCGUAAACUUUUGAUUAUUGUGACACCUACAGAAAUUCGGCCAUUUCAAGCACACUAUCUAAAUCGUCUGGCCUAUGCAUUAAAGUUGGUGCCUUCUCCUUUAUUGUGGAUAGUUGUUGAGAUGAACUCUCAAUCUGUUGAAACUGCUGAUAUAUUGAGAAGAACUGGAGUCAUGUACAGGCAUCUUGUGUGCAGCAAGAACUUGACUGAUGUGAAAGAGAAAAACGUUCACCUAAGGAAUGCGGCACUCUCUCACAUUGAAAGACACCGUCUCGAUGGUAUUGUCUAUUUUGCUGAUGAACACAACAUAUACUCUGCUGAUAUCUUUGAGCAGAUGAGACAAAUCAGCCGGUUUGGGACAUGGAUUGUGGCACGACUUGCUGAAAAUAAUAGGAAAGUUAUCUUACAGGGUCCAAUCUGUAACGGUUCUCAGGUUAUAGGUUGGCACACUGAAGGUAGAGCAAAAAGAUUUCAGAGAUUCUAUGCAGAAAUAUCGGGAUUUGCAUUCAAUAGUACAAUACUUUGGGAUCCAAAGAGGUGGCACCGACCAACACUAGAACCUAUAAGGCAAUCUGAUACAGUCAGAGCUAGUUCACAAGUGAGCACAUUUAUCGAACAAGUGGUGGAAGAUGAAAGCCAAAUGGAAGGUUUACCAAUGAACUGUUCAAGAAUCAUGGUUUGGCAAUUCAACACCGAGAUAUUAUACCCAUAUCCUCAUGAGUGGCUGGUGAAAAAUUACUCAAGCACCAGUACUUCAGUUUGAUGACAAUUUUGACAUGCAGAGAAAUUCCUGAGCAUUAACAAGUGCAGGGAAAUUUAGCGAACAAUUAUGAGCGUCUGCUGCAAAUAUUUAUCGGACCAACCACUUGAAUGCUAUCAGUUUGGAGCAUGUAAUGUUUAACUACAUGCUUUGUAUCUAGAGAGACCAAGGAGACUGGUUCUCUCUGCCCUUUCCUCCCUACCCCAUCGCUCCUCUUCCGUUUUUCUGUCCUGCUGCUAUAUCAGUAGAUAUUAACUUGUACAGUUGCUUAGCUACUCAUAAUAUAAUCUUCUGGCUACCAAGUCAGUAGCAGCAACAUUGUUGCCAUGUGGAAAUUAUUUACAACAGAUAGGUGAGUUUCAAGUUCCAAACCAAUUCUUUCGACGAAGUUUUUUGUAAUGCAAGUUGAUGCUGAAAUGGAGUAUUGUUCUUCAACCCGCAGGUUUACUAAUAUACUUGUGCAUAUGUUAGGUGCUACUCCGUUCCAACUUAUACGAUACUCUUCCGUUCCAAUUUAUAUGAUACUCAUUCAAGUGUUUGACAU